AUGCCCAAAAGACCCUGUGCCCUUGCACUCACAGACUCCGACAACACAAUCCUUGUCGCUGACAAGUUCGGCGACGUAUACUCCCUCCCACUCCUCCCCCCAGAACCGGCCCCUGCUGUGCCACCCGCAACCACGCCCAAAGACUCGGGAUCGAAACGCCAACGUACAGAAAUCACCCAUGACCUACCCUUCGCGCACAAACUCCUCCUGGGGCACGUAUCCAUGUUGACGGACCUCCUAUCCAUCACCAUCACUACGCAGGAGGGGCGAAAGAGGAAGUACAUAAUAACGGCCGAUAGGGACGAACACAUACGGGUCUCAAGAUACCCGCAGAGUUGGGUGAUUGAGGGGUUCUGUCUAGGGCAUACGGCGUUCGUGUCGAGGCUUUUGGUCCCAGGAUGGGCGCCGCAGGAGGUGCUUUCUGGUGGGGGGGACGGCUGGCUGGGGAGGUGGAGAUGGGCGGAUGGGAAGUGUUUGCAGAAGAUUGAGGUUGCCAGGGCGUUGGAGGGGAUUGUUGGAAGGAGGGUUGUGGGCGGGAAGGAAGGUGACGGUAGUGGCUGCGGUGGUAAUAGGGAUGGAGCUGAAGGACUGGGAGGAGGGAAUAAGGACAAGGAAGAAGUAGUUAAGCCGGCCGUUGUGGGGAUUUGGGAAGUGCCCGAGAGGAGGAUUGUUAUUGUGGCGUUUGAGAGGUACACCACUAUUUUCUUCCCCCCAGACCCCCCAGAGAACCGAGGGGGCGUCAGCAUCGCACACACAUUUCAGAAAACUUUUAUCGUUUUUCUGGUACCACUUGCAAACUUAGUCCUCCCCUCCGCCCCUACCCUGCACUAUCACACCCAAUACCGUGUUACCUCCGCCACUCUAUGCCUUGGACGUCCGUGUUACACCGUAUCGGCGACCCAUUACACAUGCUAACUUUCCCCCAAAACAGAGUCCCGGCCCUCCUCCUCUUUACCACCACCCCAGACCAAGGCUUGACCCACCACACCACAAUCCCACUACCCGGUAACCCCCUUGAUCUAACCGUUGACCCUGCCUCAAGCUCAUUCUGGACCUCCCUCGCUCCCUGUUCCACCUCCUCCGCCUCCGACUAUCCACUUUUACAGCACAUAACACUCACCGCAAACAAUGAAUGGGGAAACACUACAAAGGACAACCAGGCCGCUCGUGUAGUCUCGGAGGAGAUUUCCAAGGUUCGUUAUGUGGGGGAUGUAAAAAUCCUCAAUGAGGGACUAUUGUACACGACGGGGCUGUUAAGGAAGGGGUUUGGUAAGGAUAAGGAGUAGUGGCAAAGUGAAAUAUUGCUGGGAUUUUAUUCCCCUUUUUAUUCGCAAGUUUUUUGUAUUCCUUGACCUUGAUAUUAUUCGGAAAAGUUUUUUCUCCUUC